AUGCCAGACGAGACCUACCAAGCAGACCACCCCGAGGUCACCUCGACAGCGGCGACACCGACCACGGCCACUCCAUUGUCGAUUGCAACCGGCGCACAACAUGACGACUCGACUCUGGAACAGACCAAGGUGCCGCGCAGGCCACGGACCGCGACCAACACGGCCGAGAUAGACAGCACCAUCAUCCACCCCGGCUCGGUGCGCAUCAACGUCAAGGGCGCCUUCAUUGUCGACACCCCCGAGUCCGGGACGCCGAAUGGCAUGUCGCCGUCGCCGCAGGGGAGCAGCUAUUACGAGACCAAGGACAUCAGGCUACCGAAUCACACGGCCGUGGUUAGCCACAUCGCCGUUGAUAUCGGAGGCUCAUUAGCCAAGCUUGUGUAUUUCUCCCGAGAAGCGCAUUCUACCGAACCAGGCGGCCGGCUUAACUUCCUCAGCUUCGAGACGGAUCGGAUAGAGGAUUGUUUCGAGUUCAUGAAGCAUCUCAAGGACAAGCAGUUGGCUCUCAACGGGUCCAGGUCUAGUGAACUGUCCGUCAUGGCCACAGGAGGCGGUGCAUACAAGUUCUACGACAGGAUACGAGAGAGACUAGGUGUAGAUGUCAUGAGGGAGGAUGAGAUGGAGUGUCUCAUCAUUGGCCUUGACUUCUUCAUCACCGAGAUACCCCGAGAAGUUUUUACCUACAGCGAGACGGAUCCGAUGCACUUUGUUGAACCCGAGGAGAACAUCUACCCGUACAUGCUUGUCAACAUUGGCUCCGGCGUGAGCAUGCUCAAGGUCUCAGGUCCCAGGACUUAUGAGCGCGUAGGUGGCACAUCCCUUGGGGGCGGCACGCUCUGGGGUUUGCUCUCCCUACUGACGCCUGCCGAAUCCUUCGACGAGAUGCUCGACAUGGCUGCCCAGGGUGACAACGCCAAGGUUGAUAUGCUCGUUGGUGACAUCUACGGUAUGGAUUACGGGAAGAUCGGGCUCAAGGGCACUGCCAUCGCUAGUUCCUUCGGCAAGGUCUUCCGCAUGAAGCGGGAGGCCGAGAGGGAGGCCGAGGACAGCGGCGGGCUGUCAAAUGGGGACAGCGACCACCACCACUUGUCCUCCAAAAGCGGCGAAUCUGCUGUCACUGAGGCCAUCAAGUCGCGCUUUUCGGCCUCGGACGUAUCGCGCUCGCUGCUGUACGCGGUCAGUAAUAACAUAGGCCAGAUCGCAUAUCUGCAGUCCCAGAUACACGGCCUUUCGCACAUCUACUUCGGCGGGUCCUUCAUCCGCGGCCACCCGCAAACCAUGAACACAUUGAGCUACGCCAUAAAAUUCUGGAGUAAAGGGGAGAAGCAGGCCUACUUCCUGCGGCAUGAGGGCUACUUGGGCAGCGUCGGCGCGUUUUUGAAGAGACAACCGCGGAAUUGGGGCCGCAGAGGGAGCUUUGAAGAGGAGGGUCUCGAGACCAGGAUGAGAGAACGUGUGCGCGCCGAAAGCGCUUCCCAGGAAACAGUAGAUGAGGCUGUGUUAUAG